AUGGUUCUUUCUGUUUCCCCCCGGCGUAAAUCGUACAAACGCGUCCUUAGUUCUCCCGACGAGUCAGAUGCAGGAACAGAAUCGAAGAGGACCCGACUCAGCUCGGAGGUGACGAUCGUUGCAUUCCGUGAGAAGACGAUCACGAAUCAAGUUCCGCGGGUGUCCCCCGAGUCGUUCAACCAACCCAAUCCCUUCGAAGCGUUCGAGGAAACAAUCCCCCCUACGGACGACGAUGCGGAUCUGCCGCUACAAGACCAGACUUCGGGCACCCUUUCAAGAGUGCGCAGACGGCGGGGGCUCGUUUUGCCAGAAACUUCGAACUCAGACGUCGAUGAAGAUGAACGAAGCACAAAGCGUGCCCGACUCGACUUAGUGACGGAUAGCACUCCCUCGGAGAAAUACAAUGCCCUGCAAGCGUCCCCCACAGUUUCCGAGUUUGAGGCAUCUGGGUCACGCCAUACGAGAACCUCGCGCCUGACCAGAAAAGACACUUCCAAGGGCACAGUUGUAGACGAGGACGAUGCUCUCCGGAUAGAGGGAGAGACUCCCCCGGAUGAGUACGACUCGGGAAGCGACGACGAUAUUCCAAUACGCGUCCUCACCAAUUUCUGCAUAUAUGAAGGAUCACAUCCGGGGGAACUUGUGUUCCCCGACCCUUUACUUGCCGAACCCUUCCCAGAGGGCAUCUUUCGGGCCUCUGGCAAUGUUCGAGCAUACGUAGAACCCGACAGUGACGAGGAAGAGGACGAGUCUUGUGCCGCCGCAAUGACUACAGUUGGGCCUAUGGUACGACUGUCGUCUAUAUUGGAGUUCAAUUUCCAUGAUUACAAGAAUCGUGCUUUCAAUAGACAGCUGUAUAUCCGUACCCAGUUCGCCUGGUAUAUCCUCGAGGAACCGUCCCCCGCAUACCUCCCCCUUUACACGAAUUUCUUCAGAAAUCAUGAAAUACUUCACCUCAUCCUCAAGCAGUGUCUAUCAGAUUGGACAUACACCCGAAAGGACCUCGGAGUACUGCUGCGCGAGCUCGAACCCUGGCCCUAUGUGGCGGCUUUCGGAGGACCGCUGCAAGUAUCUGAUUUACAGUCGGAGUCCUUUUUGGCCUACUGCAGCAACGUGCUGGAGUCUGUCAUUAGUUCCUUGCCUCGGAAGGACUCGCGAAAAUGGAAGGGGAUCCCGCUGAUUCGCGAGCUCCUCGAAGGUUACCUUUCAAGCGAUGAGGAAUCCUCAAUAUCCUUCUCGACGAUUCCUUGCCUAGAGGAUGAAGAUAACAGCGUUGAUAUUAAACCGAAAUUCAAAGGGAAGGGUCUCGACACCAAAAAACACUCGAACAAAGAAAUGGAGGUACUGAAGCACCGGAAUCCAACCGUCGUCACACCCAUUGUUGGUCGCAUUUCAGGGAACGUGUACAACGGUCACCAGCUCGUCGUCGCUGGGGAGCUCGAUUCGAACGAGGACGACCAUCCGAAGAACGUUACUUUCGCAUCGGAGACGCCAACCCACAAAUUCGAUCCUGAGAGUAUAGAGUGGGGAAACAUUGUCCAUGAGGAAGACGGGACAACAUAUUUCGAAAGUGCAAUCCUCGACGGCGUUGAAUAUACGAUCGGCGAGACGGUGAUAGUCAACCCGGGCUCAGACAAGAAUCGAGUACGGGCGAACAACCACGAAAGUGAUCCUGCGCAAUCAACUAAUAUCUACGGAAGUUCUUACUGGUUUUGUCGACUCUGCUACUUCUUCGAAGACCCUGAGGGUAACAAAUGGUUUCACGGCCAAUGGUUCGUCCAUGGGUGUAAAACCAUGCUUCAAGAGACAGCACAUUCGCAAUCACUGUUCAUGAUCAACGAAUGCGACAACAAUCCCCUCAGCAGCAUCUUCAAGAGAUGCACUGUCAAGAUGCUCGUUCCUGAUGAGGAGGAGGUUCCUGAGGUCUACGACGAGCCUGACAGCACCUCGUUUUAUUGCGGACUUAUUUGGGACGAAGAAGCGACAGACUUCACUGACUUGCCUCGACUGACGGACGUUGAGGCUGCCCUCGAAGGUCUACUGCCGCACAAGGGUUGUUACUCUUGUGCAAUCAAGCGCCAGCAGGAUGUCUUCAAGGAGAUUAGGCGUAUACCGGGAGGCUACAGUUACCUCGGGCUGCGCUGCCAUGUCCACGAUUACGUGUAUAUUGUCCCGAGGUCUCAUACAUCCCUCCUUCGAAUUGGCCAGAUUGUCAGCAUCAAAGGGAUCCCAGCUGAGCCAAAGGUUGUGGUGCGCAUGUUUCAGCGGUUUGACGAAGUUAGCUGGGUUGGUACCGAUGGUGGGGACAUGGAGCCACUAUCUGGACUUGUAAAAGACGAGAGAUGCCUAGUCCGAAGCCAAGUCAUGAAGACGUUCCAUCCUCAUGAAAUUGACGGUACAUGCUUCGUUCAAUAUAUCACAGACCGGGAUGAGAUCGAAGAGUGGGUAAAGCAUGACGACCAUUUCUAUUUUAGUUCAGAGUGCAAUGGCCAAACCCUGCUACCGGUGCCAGCAAACUCAAGUCAUAGCUGCACGGCGUGCGUCAAUGACCGAAUGGACGUAAUAAGUAAAGCUGGUCUUGUCCGUCUCCGAAACCAAGCACUUUGUGGACUGGAGCUUUUUGCUGGUGCCGGCGGACUGGGCACUGGCAUGGACAUGUCAGGCUGGGUGGAGACGAAGUAUGCAGUUGAGUUCUCUCCUGCAGCAGCUUCCACGUACAGCUUCAAUCAUCCAAGCACUCAAGUAUACUGUCAAGAUGUCAACCUUCUGCUCAAGUACAUCAUCGAGAGGGAUAGCGGCGAAAAUCCGGAGUAUCUGCCAUCCGAGAUUGGUGGCCUUUGUACCUCCCUUCCCAAGCGUGGAGAGGUAGAUUUCAUCUUCGGUGGUGCCCCUUGUCAGGCAUUUUCAGGCAUUAAUCAUAGCAGGCGGGCGGAUGACAUUCGCUCAACGCUUGUCUGCAACAUGUUGAGCUGGGUUGAGCAUUAUCAGCCCUCGUACUUCCUUCUUGAAAAUGUGCCGGGGCUGCUGUCUUUUCCGCUGCUUGCCGAGCAAGGUGAGAAUGGCAGGUUGCUGGGGGGCAUUGUAAUGGGGGUGGUGAAGUUUGUUCAGAGGACGUUGAUAGCGCUUGGCUAUCAAGUCAGACACAAGGUUCUUGAGGCUGGGCAGUAUGGUGCCCCUCAAGGACGUCAGCGGGUGAUUUUCUGGGGAGCUCGCCGUGGUAUUAUCAUUCCAGAUUUCCCUGUGCCGACUCAUUGCUACCCCAAGCCAGCGAAAUUCUACAAGCAACCAAUCGGCUGCCCGCUACGUCCUGCAACGAGGUCCAAAGACCCUGACGUUUGCCACUCAUUCGCUCCUAUGCGCGCAAUCACUGUUAACGAUGCAAUUGGGGACUUGCCUCCAUUCGACUGGAAGAAUCCUCAUAAUGCGAUCCCUGAAUCUGCUGAAGACCGUCAAGAAGCCAAGCAUCGGAUUUCCGUUCUGAAGAUCCCUUCGUUUUCGGCAGUCAAGGGACAGCCCUCAUGGCCAGGCUAUGUUGACCCCAUCGAGUACCCUUACCUUCCGAUGAACCGCUUUCAGAAAUGGGUUCGCCUGCCCAGGGGAGUGACUGCAGUGACGGACGCGCACUUCGACAAAGUCUCGCUCCAUUAUACGGCCACAUUCACGAGUAUAUUGGUGGAAAGAACAGUGAAUAUCCCGUUGAAGCCGCUGGCGGAUCAUCAUAGUCUACCCCCCGAACUGAAAUUGAACGACACACGGACCAAGCAACAUCAUGCCUUCUUUGGGCGUUUGGACGGUAACGGUCACUUUCGCACCGCGAUGACCCAAAUGAGCCCGAACAUCAAAGACACGUACCCAUUACACCCUUCGCAAAAGCGCAUUCUGACCGUUCGCGAAUGUGCCCGCGUCCAAGGGUUUCCCGACUAUUACCAGAUGCGAUCGAUGAACAACACGACUUCCAAAAUUGUGAACGAUCAGCAUCGGCAGAUCGGUAACGCGGUUCCCCUUCCACUGGCUUUGGCAUUGGGAAAUGCACUUGGACAAGCGAUUGUCAAGACGCAACUCCAGAAAGACAGAGAGGGUAGCCCAGUUAUAUAG